AUGAAUAGGCGUCAUUCCUACAGCUUCCUCACAUUCUUAGCGGCUGCCUUCUUCUUCCAGGCAGUGGGGUUGAAUGGAUGGAAUUGUUUUGGACAUGCCUUCAGUUAUAACUGCACCACGGCUCCAAAAGUCCUCACGACUGGCAUCAUCUUAGCACUUGCCGGAGGCGCUGCUACAAUCGGUGGAAUUCUCCUAUUCGCCGUAAUGGCGACGAAUAGUCGCGGGGCCUUUGUUACUGCGCCAUGUUUUUACGUUAUUGCAACAGCUUUGAGCAUUAGCGCCGUUGUAUACUAUUAUUGGGAAGUCCAACUAUAUUCGCCAAUCUUUGCGAUUUGCGGCAUGUCUAUAAUAACGGCACUCUCUUUUAUUCUUAUUAUUGAUUACGUCGCUGGCACUUUCUAA